CUCGUCUUCACACUUGCCAUCCCACACUUCCACCUUCCCCAUCGCUAUAAUGGCAGACGCAGUUCCCGCCCUAGCGGCCUACACGGAAUCGGCACAGAGAGCUGGCGUUUCAGGGUCUGGCUCGUCGAACAAGAGCAAGGGCGCCAAAGCCAAAGGCUCCUCGCGCUCCUCCUCCUCCUCACGGCCUAAACGCCCCACCCGCCCGCUCAAGACCCGCCUCGAAUUCGACGAGACAUCCCGGCACGACUACCUAACCGGGUUCAGGAAACGUAAAGCUGCGAGAAUCGAGAACGCGAGGAAGAAACGCGCAGAGUUGGAGAAGGAGGAGAGGAGGAUUGCGAGAAGGGAGGGGAGGGAGGCAAAGAGGGAGAAGGCGAGGGAGAAUUUGGAAGCAGAGAGGAGGGCGUAUGCUCCGAGUGAUGAGGAGGAUGUGGGUGAGGAUGAUGAUGAUGAUGAUGAUGAUCAGCAAGGACGAGGGGAGGCUGAGGCGUCUCAGAGGUAUGAGGCCGGAGAGGGAGAGGAGUACCAGACGACGGUCACUGUAGCCGAGUGGGACCCACACGCCGAUGAGGAGGACGCUCCUCCAGCACGGGCUCAAGCUUCUUCUUCAUCAUCCUCAGCCAAACCAGCAAAACCCCGCCCCUCAAAACCCACCGAAUCCCUACCCCCAAGCUCGGCUCGGAUGCAGAAGAAGAGCCAGACCAAGACCUCUUCCUCUCGUCCCUCCUCAUCAUCCCAAUCCAACCUCAACACCAAAUCCCUCUCCUCCCUUCUUACGCCACACUCACACGAUUCCCUCCUCCUCCCCGAAUCAUCCUCUACCCCCGAUGGGCCCCCACCUCCACCCAAGGCGUCGGAACGCUCCUUCAGCUACACGACAAAGGCGGAGCGGGCGAGGGAGAGGGAGAAGCAGAGGGAGAAGAAUUCGCGCAUGAAGGAGGCGAGGAUUGAGAGGGAGAAGGCGAAGCGUAAGAGCGCAAAGAAGGGGGGUGGGAAGGGGAAGGGGAGGAAGUGAAUUUGGAAUACAAGUAGAGUUCAA